AUGGACAAUCAACGGAAGGCCUCCUCGACUGCUGCAGGCGGUGAGCGAGGCGUUCCCGCGGCUGCUGCGCUCGCGCAUGCUUUCCUUUCCGGCAUACUACUGCUAGGCUUGGAUCUCGAAGAGAACCAUCGGUUAUGCCAUCGGACAGAAUACAUAGAUGGACUCCGUAUCGUCAGGGCCGAGCAGCGCAGCGACACCAUACCAAGUUGGGCAGGCGUGGUUAACAGUGCCGAAGAUGCGAAAAGGGAGGAUAUACAUGUGAAUCAUCUGCUACGCUCCAAAGAAAGACCAAAGUACGAGGGUAAGCUGCGCGUGCUUCCGGUCAACUCUUCAAUGGCUUAA